AUGACAUUCAAGAAGAUUUUGACAGAAAUUGCGUGGACGUGGAUUCUGAUAAAAAUAGGGACAUCAAAAAUUGGACGGUGUUCUGUGAAACACUUGAAAUCCUUUCAAAAAGAAUAUGUUGAAGAUAACGGAAGUGGUUUAUUUACUAAGCACUUUUUAUUUGAAAACGCCGGAAAACAAUGGAAAUAUGACAAUUCUUCAAAUACUAAGGGCGAAAUCCAAGCGAUUUCGACAAUCAAGGCGCGAAAUGAAAAAAUUGAUCCUUUUUCAAGAGCAAAAGUUGGACAUAAAGUUGAUAUGAAGGAAGUUUCUGGAGGGCUUGGUCCUUUCGGAUUACCUGCCUCCUGCAAGAAAAAACAAUAA